AUGGCCGAUAACGAGGAAAUUGGUCUUGAAGAGCGUUUGAAAUCAGCUCUGUGGCUGUCAAUCGGAAAGAUCGUGGACGAGGAGACUAUCAAGCUGGGUGUCAACGCAACCCCCCAGUUUAUUGGUGCGCUCACGGAGAUGGUUUGGGCUCAGAUUGGUGCGCAUGCCGGGCGCUCAACGGUUAACGUCUCGGAUGUGAUGUUACUGGCCCGCCGCAACGAAGGCCUGGAAUCUAUCCUUAAGGCCUUCGUCGAGCAGCAGCGCGAAGAGACAUCCUGA